AUGAUGAAGCCAGAAACCGACGACAACCAGCCUUUCUUGGGCUUUCGAGACGACCCAACAAAGGGAAGCUCUUCAGAAGAUGAAGAGAACGGAGGCAGUGACAAUACUAUUCGACACCAGCAGCACGCUCUGAAAACAUCACGCAGCCGGAGAUAUCUUCGAGAUUUCCUCGUGUUUCUAGCAACAUCUCUGGUCUGGGUUCUCGCCAUCUCCUUCAUACCUGGGCUUCAAACUCCGGCAGAUACUCCGAGUCCCUCGAUGCCUUCACCCUCGUCUAAUGUGUCGUUGCCACUACCACAAGUUGGACAAGAUGGCAAGGCAGGAAGUAACCUACCUGGAACAAUAGCAGGAGUCGCCACGGCUCAGAUGCACAACAUUACCUCAGGCGCGAAACUAGUCUCCUGUGGAAAUUCCACUCAGGAGGCGAAGAAGAAUGGAUGCAAGUACGACACGCUGCUAAACCACUGGGUACCAUCUCAGUGUUACGACAAAGAAUUCGAGCUGGAAUACAUGGACGAUGAUAGCUGGUUUGCCUAUGCCGACAAGAACCUGUCACAGCGACUUACCCGCGAGGCGAUGGGCGACAGAGACUCGUACUAUACUUCAAUCGCGGAUCACGUUAACCACUGUUCAAUGCUGUGGAAGAAGCAAUUCUGGACCAUAUUUGAGGACAGACGAGUGUUCGACACGGUGAUUGUCAACUCUUAUCAUACGGAACACUGCGCCGAUUUCCUCAAGGACUUGUGGGGGUCGAAUCGUACCGAGCCGACAUUUGUCAGAGUAGCGUACUCAGGCUGCUGGGUGCGGUGA